GAAGUCAACCAUGUAUUGACGGCGUCUCAGAAAUCUUGUGCGAUGCUUUUAGAUCAUGUUCGAGAGAUUGGCUGGACCGUGAAGAAUGGAAAGGUUUUGGAAAAGCCGUUGAAGUCACGAUUCAAUCGAGAUGCGUACAUCUUGCAGCGUCGCGGUAUCGAACAAGAAGAUGCAUGUACUCUCUGUGAAAGUGGGCGAGGGGUUUUUGGUUCGUGCGUCGCAGCGCCAGAUGUGACGACUGACCAGACUGGAAGAAAGUGUUCUCUUUUCGCUGGCUCCUGCGCCAACUGUUUAUGGCAUGGAAAGGCUGCAGAAUGCUCGUUUUACCUUGGGCGAAAUGGUGGUUAG